UUUGGGCAUUCCCAAGCACGAAGCCUGAUGGUUCUCUUAUGGAGGGCCUUUAUUAGCUGGAAACACAGAUGUCUUGCAUUCGGAUGUUAUGAUACUCGCGCGUUGGGAGGCGAUGCUGGGUUGAGAAUAAGGCCGCUCGAUGAUGAUUCUUGAGCUCGACAGGAAAACCUAGUGUGCACGCUUCACGAAGAGCGUGCCACAUAUUCUGUCUCGGGCAGUUGAAUUUCCUCAAUUUAUUUGUUCGUUGACUGUCGAAUUGUGGGUGUCCACAGUAGUUCGAAAUCCAUUCGGAAGAACGGUCCUGCUGCAAAAGAGCGCUGAAUUUUCAAGUCCAUUUCUCGGACUAUUCGUCUCGUAUACUGAAUGUCGUGCCCAGUCAAUCUGGGGAAGUGCGUUUCGAUCUCAAACUUAAACUCCAUAGCUUCGAGGACAUCCGGAUCAAGGCUGUUCUUGUUGCCAUGGUUUUAGACAGAUGUAUGAUAGUUCAGCCUUAAACCCAGAACCUCGAACCGUUUGGUACGCCUUUGCGCGAUCAGUCUGUUUUCCUCAUUGCAAUUCACGAUCGGAAGUCCUCCAGCAUCAAUCUACUGUGGAAGAUCCACCUCAUCGGAUCUUGUUUCAAGGUCUCCAUCAGUGAGCGAUCAGGUAAAUGAAGUUUAUCACCUACAAGUUGAAGCUUUGUCAGUUGCUCUUGCUUCCUUUGUACUCUUGACUCAAAUGUUUCUAUGAGAGGCCCUUGUCAUGCACGCGUUGAGAAUGACUCGUCAACCUUCUUGUAUUUGAAAUUUCGAUGAAAAUGAUUUUGGAGCAGGCUAGAAAAGUCAAUAGACAAGAUCCUGAGCACAGAUACUCAUAGAUUAGAAAGUAAGCACAGGACUUCGAGUUUUUUAAUUCUAACGGCAUGCUGAGAAAACAACCACUGACUACUCUCAAACCUGCGAAUCUCGGUCGCGGAUGAAGCAUUCGAGGUAUGCCCAAAACUAAACCUUCACCAUUUUGUUUUCCAUUAUUCACCUGAAGAUUACCGUUCUCUGGAAACGGAUCAGACAGAUUCGCUUACAAGGCCUUGUGAGUGCUGAGUGUUUUAGCCACCAAUUGUGAAAUCACUGCAUCCUUGGUCAGCAAAAGCCGUUAUCUUCCCGACGAUUAUUCAAAAUUUGCUCACUUCAAAUGAUGUCGUUCACCCUGCUAUGUGUUUGCGUUCUCCCUGUAUCUGUAAAUACAAUGCAGCUUACUUUCUCAUUCCAUUAUGCUCUGCCAACAGAAAGCUCGACAAUAAUUGCCUGAACGGAAGUACUCCACCCACUCUAAAUAAUUCCGGCACAAUAGAAUCCACUUAUACCGGCAACUGCUUUAGUGACAGCAAUACAUCGCAGUCUUGCAAAUGCGGAUCGAUUCAUGUUUCUCUUCCAGCCAUGAGCUUCUGUCUGACUAUUAAAAGCACAUAUGAUUUUAAAGUUUCUGUGAAAUAGCUACGAAAUCAGUUCGCUCUCCAAGUGACACUUGUCGUGGACGUCAAAGCCAGUUCAGAUCAAAAGGGAUCAAUUUUUAAGAGACCAAGAGCC